GGCCUUCAUGUCAACCUGUGUCUUAUCUGUUUUCUUGAAGUGCAGUGCUUUGUUUUUCAGAGAACUCGCUGACUGAGACACUGGAACUCCCCCUAACUAACGCAACAGGAACAACUGGUCUGACUUGCCUAUAAGAGGCCACCUGCCACUCUGCUGUCACACAACACACUGGGGACAGAGACGAGGAGCUGCCACUUGUACCUCAAGCACUGGAAGAAGAGCUUUGGUUUUCAGGACACAAUCGUAUAUACAUCACAAUCUUAAAAAAAAACCAACAGAAUUUAAUUUCUGCCACAGUCGCUUCUUCAGAGCAUCAGCAAGAUGUCAUUCGAGCGGGAGAACAGGCAGCGGAUCCAGACGGUGGAAAAGUACUUUGGGGCGUCGGGCAAACCUCUCGUGAAGGAAGGCCGCGUGCUGGUGGGGGAGGGGAAACUCCUGAAGAUGAGCCGGCGGGGCCCCAAGCCCAAGAUGUUCUUCCUCUUCAACGACGUCCUGGUGUACGGCAGCAUCGUCAUCCCCGGCCGGCUCUACAAGAGGCAGCAGGUGAUCCCGCUGAACGUGGUAGAGCUGGAGGACCUGGAAGACGGCCUGGGCAUGGCCAACCAGUGGCUGCUGCUGACCCCCAGCAAGUCCUUCACCGUGGCGGCCGUGUCUGCUGAGGAGAAGGGGGCCUGGAUGGGUCACAUCAACCAGUGCAUCAGCAAGCUGGACCUCAACGGCGGCGGGAAGAAGAACAAGAGCGAUCUGGCUUUCGCCGCGGCCUGGAUCCCCGACCGGGCGUCCGCCAUAUGCAUGCGCUGCGCCGAGCGCUUCAGUGUCACGAACCGCCGCCACCACUGCCGGCGCUGCGGCUUCAUCGUCUGCGACGGCUGCUCCAAGGGCCGGGCCGUGCUGGAGAACAUCUCCAGCAAGCCGGUGCGCGUCUGCACGCUGUGCGUGUCCACCAUGGAGGCGGAGCGGGGGUCGCCGGACAGCCUGGCCCAGGGCAAGUCGUCCGGGAGCAAGAAGAAGGACCACUGGAAGAGGGACUCUGUGGAGGACAAGGUGCCCACUAGGUCACAUGACGAGGAGGAGUCCAGCGACGAGUUUGAGGAGCAAGAGCAAGACGAGAGCCAUGCCCCAAUCCAGUGGGAACAAGACAGCGCCUGGUCCCCGUAUUGCUAUUUUAACCCUGAUCAUGAAAAACCAUGUUCAGCAAUUGCUUGAGAACACUGAAGAAGGCGAGUGGAGGUGACUCGAUGCAAGGGGCCGAGCUAUAGGGAGGAGGCAAGCAGGGCCUUUGCCCCUGGGCCCAGGGCCCUCCCGUAUUGAUGGUGGGGUCCUACCAUAACGUUGGCAGGUUGUGUGGGGGGACACUAUCAUUGUUUCACCCUGGGGCCCUGCGUUCAAUGUUUCCGCCACUGACACAAAGAGACUACUGUAGCCUGUUUUCAAUAAUAUCUCACAUUGUUAACAGAGGUUAGUUGCAAUGAUAUGUAAUGGGUUGACAAUGUGUAGUAUUUUAAAUUUUUAUUUUAUUGUUGAUGGGUCAUUUUUAAUGUUUGUGAAUUGUUUAUACAUUUUCUCAACAUCUACAGGAUGAAAACUGACACUUGCACUUUAUUACGUGAUCAAUAAAAUCUGUAACUCAAACACAUUUGGUCUAUAAUUAUGUAACGAAAGUGAUAUCAAACACUCUACAUCAUUUUUAGUUAGGCUAUCACAUGACGCAUAAUGUAUCUAACAAAGUGUUUACACGCUGACGCAGAAACUGGCGUCAUGAACUAUUGUUAACGCAGGUUUAAAUAGCUCACCCUUUUCCAGAGAGCGAUUGGUUUGUCCUUAGAAAGACUUAAUGGAAGAUUCCAUGUUCAAAGCCCACUCUCUCUCAACUAGUAGAACUUCAUUCCAGUUCUUUACAGAGGACAUAAUCAAGAUUCGUAUCUGUCAUCAGUGUCACAGUAACUUGUGUGUACAGUGGAUAUAAAUGGCCUACACGUGCCCAUUCAAGUGCCAGGUUUUGUGGCAAUUAACUUUUUCCAUAUAUGACCUA